AGCAGCUUCUGAGACCACCCAGAGAAGAUGACUCCCAGCAGAGCUCUGGUUCUGGGGAUCCUCGCCCUGACCACCUCGCUCAGCCCCUGUGGGGGUGAAUUCAACGUUAAGGCCGACCAUGUCGGCGCCUAUGGUAUAAUCGUCUAUCAGUCUUAUGGACCCAACGGUCAGUACACAAUGGAAUUUGAUGGUGAUGAGUUGUUCUAUGUGGACUCGGAUAAGAAGGAGACUGUCUGGAGGAUUCCUGAGUUUGGCCAACUGGCAAGCUUUGACCCACAAGGUGGACUGCAACAGAUAGCUGUAGCAAAAUUCAACUUGGACAUCCUGACUAAGAGGUCCAAUUCUACGCCAACUACCAAUGACAUUCCUGAGGUGACCGUGUUCGCCAAGGCCCCUGUGCUGCUGGGCCAGCCCAACACCCUCAUCUGCUUCGUGGACAAGAUCUUCCCUCCUGUGGUCAACAUCACAUGGCUGAAAAACAGCAAGUCAGUGACAGAGACUGUUUAUGAGACCAGCUUCAUCACCAGCCAUGACUAUUCCUUCCACAAGAUGUCUUACCUCACCUUCAUCCCUACUGACGAUGACGUCUAUGACUGCAAAGUGGAGCACUGGGGCCUGGAGGAGCCGAUGCUGCAACACUGGGAACCCGAGGUUCCAGCCCCCAUGUCAGAGCUGACGGAGACUGUGGUCUGUGCCCUGGGGUUGUCCAUGGGCAUCGUGGGCAUCGUGGUGGGCACCAUCUUCAUCAUUCAAGGCCUGAGAUCAGGUGGCCCCUCCAGACACCCAGGACCAUUAUAAACCAUACCCUGGAGAGGAAGGUGUGUGGUCCUCUCCAGGACAGAAGUGGUGUGCUGGAUGACCUGGGCCAGUGUGUUUCCUGGGCCAAUUCAUCAUGUUGUCUUCCCCAAGUGUCCUUGGGGAAGUGAUUUUGCUUUUCUCUUCCACUUGAGGUUCCCUCUCAUAGCUCACAUAACCUAGGAAUUCACUUCUGACUUGAGUUUUGUUUCUUGGUAUCUUUCAAAUCAUAUCUACUGUAGAAUCUCAGUGACCCUGGUUCAGUAGAUCCACAAAACCAAUAAAUCAUCUUUUGUAAGUCA